CUGACCACGUGUUGUCCCCGUUCAUACGAUUCCCAUCCGCCGCUGCUUGUGCAGCUGCUGUCGGCUCCAGAGAGGCGGAGGCAGAGGGGGAGGAAGGGAGGAGGACGAGGGGGGAAUCCGCCGCCUCAGGACUGGUGAGUCCCGUUGCGAUGCGCGGACGCUGACGUGUGGAGAUGCUGCGCGGGGGUCCGGAGCGCGCGAGGGGCUUUCAACCGACGCGGCUCCGCGUCCGCGGACCGGAGGCAUCUUCUUCUCCGACAGAAGCUGCAGCACUUGUCUGCGUCGCAGCGGCGCUGGAUACUGUGUGAGCGCGACUUGUCAUUGCAUCAUGAGCGCAGAGGAGGGAGAGGCGAGGGCAGGCACCGCCACCACCCGCCGGCACUCCUGGGAGGAAGGACGUCCGCAUCCCGCCGAGGAGGAGGAGGAGGAGGAGGAGGCGAGCGCAGGGGGAGAGGACUGCGGCCAGGGCCGGAGCUGCGGGGACGGGGACGCGGGUCAUUCCUCCGGCGAGGAUGCGGCGGUCGGGGCCAAGACGCAGACGAUGCGUUCAAACUGCAGCAGCGACACCUGCAUCCCCACCCCCAGCUGCCGGAUCUGCUUCCAGGGCGCGGAGCAGGGCGACCUGCUGAACCCGUGCCGGUGUGACGGCUCGGUGCGAUACACCCACCAGCACUGCCUGCUGAAGUGGAUCAGCGAGCGCGGCUGCUGGACCUGCGAGCUCUGCUGCUACCGCUUCCACGUCAUCGCCAUCAACAUGAAGAGGCCGUGGCAGUGGCAGUCCAUCACCAUCACCCUGGUGGAGAAGGUGCAGAUCAUCGCCGUGUUCCUGGGCUCCCUCUUCCUGGUGGCCAGCAUCUCCUGGCUGCUGUGGUCGGCUCUCAGCCCGCAGGCCGUCUGGCAGCGCCGCGACGUCCUCUUCCAGAUCUGCUACGGCAUGUACGGCUUCAUGGACCUGGUCUGCGUCGGCUUGAUCGUCCACGAGGGGGCGGCGGUGUACAACGUCUUCAUGCGCUGGCGGGCCGUCAACCUCCACUGGGACGUUCAGAGCUAUGACAAGGCCACGGACAUGGAGGAGAUGAGCACGGGUCAUUCCUCGCUGGCCCCCAGGACGCUUUGGUUGCCGCUGGCCACCUUCGGGCCCCAUGGCCCCUUACACUCCAGCCAGCUGGGGCCCCGGCCGUGGACCUGCCUCUGCUUGGCCCCCUUCUGUCCCGGCCUGGUGGCCCGGAACCCCCUCGCCCAGGACGGCGACUCAGGAGAGGUCGUCAUUCGCGUAACGUCGGUGUAGCACCAACAAAACAUCUGAUGGUUUGGUGGGAUCACACACACAAAGAAAGUGUUUAUUUCAUUUUGCAUAACUUUGUAACCACAUGAUCUCCUGAUGUAUUAGAACUGUUGUCUGCUCUGGGGCCGGACCUCAAGACGAUCUACUAACAGUUCAACUAACUGACGUGCUGUUGUUUAAUUCUUGGAAAUAACACAGACGCACGUGAACUUGACAUGAAAUACGGUUCUACUGAUGUUUCCUCGUUAUCCUUUAGCACCCGGUCGUUUCCCCAGAUGUGAUUAUUGCUGGGAUCGGAUGCUGACAUGAACAAGUUGGUAGUCACGGACGUUACCACGUGACAUGAACGCAGCAUUGAGGCUGAUGUGUGCAGAGAAAACUGUCUUGAAAAUGUCUUCUGGUAACACUUCAUUUGACAGCAUUCCAGUUUCCUGCCAUUCGAUAGAAGGUUACUGAUGUCUACGAUCCCUCGGAAGUAAUGUUAUUUGGCGUUAGUUUAGUGCCAGGGUUCUAAUAGAGAAGUUAUUCCAGAUAAAUUCCUUAUGAAACCUAUCCAUGAACUCAACACUUACUCAAACACCCGUCUCCGACCUGGUCUCUAUUCUCCUUGUGAUUGGUUCCCACUCAUUAGCAGAAGCAAGAUGACAGACAUGCUGAAGCCGACAUUACGAGGUUGUCAAACUCAGUAUCUGUUCCAGGUCUCUCCUUCUGGGACACUUUGUGUCUUAACGUUUGUGUUUCCCCAUCGAACGAUCGUGCAAGAUGCAGCGAUUUAGGCCGAUGAGCAAAAGCGAGCACAGAUGCGGAGACGGUCGAAUGUCAUUCGAACUUUAUAUCUUCCGUCUCUCGGUGUCUGAAUAUGCUGGCGUACCAACCGCUGUUUAGGUUUGCCGGGCUGCUACGAAGGACCGAGUGACCCCCGGGGGAUUUUUGUGCCAGUAUAAAUACAGCUGUUAAAGAAGUUGUGGUUCUGAUCCGUCUCUAUGUCUCUCUGUCGACGGGGGGUUCUGGGUGCGUGGUUGGGUUUGGGGCUCUGUUCUUGACUCGAGUCAUUCAAUUUCUUUGGUGCCUUAGGAGGCUGGUUGACGCUGUUGCAAUGUGCAGCACAGUGAGGACUUGAAUGUGACUUUUGCUGUUGGCCGAAUUUCUAUUUCUUUUGAAUGUAACAUGGAUGUGAUGUAUAAAGAAUAUUUAUAUAUACA